GUUGACAAUUGUCACAUUUGACACUGACAGUUGUUUUGUUUCAAUAAUGUGAAUUCUUGGAUACUGGAUUUUUAGAAUAUAAAAUUAAUCAUGGCUCUCAGAAAAGUAUUUUUCCUAACACAGGCGGCCUGUUGUAAAACUAUAAAAUUUCAAACUACAAAGUUAUUAAGACAAAAUGUGUGGCUUCUGUCAGCGAAUUCCACUAGAUAUUUUUCUGAUACUAUAGAUAAGAAGAAAGAUGUUAAGGAAUCUGAGAAAGUAGACAUACUUGGUCGUUUUUUCCCACAAACACCAAUGAGUGCUACAGAUGAGCAAGAAGUUAAAAAAGAACAAGAAAAGUUUGAACAGGAACAAAAAGAAAAAUCCCAAGAGAAUGAAAAAAGUUGGAGGAGGAUGAAAAUUGGUUUUGCAGUGUUUGGUGGAGCAAUGACAGUAAUGGGUGGAUGUAUGGUCAUUGAAAUGGGAGCACCAAGGCGCAAUGAUGAUGGCCAACCCAUUGAUGAUGAAUUCUCACAUUUACCAUUACCAUUGCAAUAUUUACGUCGAACAUGGAAGGAACUUACAUUUUAUGAAAAGAUGAUAAAGGAGCCAUCCCGUGAGAAGCUUCUGCCAGACCCAUUGCCAGCUCCUUACCAACCUACUUACACACUUGUGCUCGAGUUUACUGAUGUCCUAGUUCAUCCUGAUUGGUCCUACCAGACUGGAUGGAGAUUCAAAAAGCGCCCAGGUGUCGAUCAGUUUCUGCAAACUGUUGCUAAUUCUGAUUAUGAAGUAGUAAUUUUCACAUCAGAGAAUGUUUUCAUGAUCUGGCCAGUCUUGGACAAGCUCGAUCCAGAGAACAAAAUGAUCUCAUACAGAUUAUUCAGAGACUCUACACAUUUCAUAGAUGGUGUUCAUGUGAAAAAUCUGGAAGGGCUUAACAGAGAUUUGUCCAAGGUGAUUGUUGUGGAUUGGAACAAAAUGGCAACAAAAUUCCAACCAGAAAAUGCUCUCAUCUUAAAUAAAUGGAAAGGUGCCGAUGACGACACUGCAUUGCUCGAUUUAGCAAAUCUAUUACAAACGAUCGCAAUGUCGAACGUGGCGGACGUGCGCGAGGUGCUGCGAUACUACAGCCAGUUCGAGGACCCUAUAGCCGCCUUCCGAGACAAUCAGCGCCGGCUCAUGGAGCAGAUGGCGGAGCGCGAACGAGAUCGCACCGACCCUCCGCUCACGGGCUCCUGGCUGCGUCCCUUCACGCGCCGCUAGCGCCCUUCGAUUAUUGUAACAGACGAAUCCUGAGUAGUAAAACAUAUUAGUCAUCUUGCAGCGUUAUACAUAUAUUAUUCUAAAAUUAUAUUAUUAGUAUCUUAACUUUCCUCAGCGUUUAAAAAUUUAACUAUUUAUACAUAAAAUUGGUAAAUAUGUUUUAAAAGUCUUGUCUUUGUUAUAUAAAAAAAAACUACUUUCUUUUCCUUUAAAUACUAAUGCCAAAUGAAUAUAAUUUCAGUAAGUAAUUUCUGUACUUAGAGAAUAUGCCAUCGCUUGUUUAAUGAUGUAAGUGUGUGAAUGUUUGUUGAUGUGAAACUGAUUAGGGUCAGUUUUCUGGUAGGAAUUAUAGACUUGUUAGUGAAAGUUAUUGUUUUAUUUUGUAAAUACAAUAAAAUAUAUGAGUAUAAAAA